AUGUCACGGAUACUGCGAUUGUUGCAAGUUUUCAAACCAUAUACGGUCGUAUGCAGUGUGCACCGAAUUUGUCAAGGCAAGAAUGCAGUGACUGCUUGGAUUGGAGCAUCUCAGAUAUCCGAAGGUUUUCUAAAAACAAGGUUUGAAAUUUACCCCUUCUACGACUCUACCACAGUAUUAGAUCCUGCACCGGUAUCAGUUUCGCGGAAAACAGAGUCAUUCAUUGUUAAAAGAGUGAGAAGAAGGAAGGAAAAAAAUCACGGCAACUCUUUGCGAACUGCCAUCGUCAUAGUUGUGCCAACUGUUCUCGUUGUUCUUGCUCUGCUGAUUGUUAUUAGCAGAUACUUUAGAAGGAUAGCAAUGAAAAAUCUUCUACCUGUGAAAUCAGAUGUCUUUAGUUUUGGUGUUCUAGUUCUUGAGAUUGUUAGUGGCCAGAAGAACCACUAUAUUUGUAAUGAGAAGAAUGGGGAAGAUGUAUUAAACUUUGCAUGGAGAAACUCGGUAGAGGGGACAGUUACAAGUUUUAUAGAUCUAACAUUGAAGAAUAAUAGUUCACAAAAUGAAAUGAUAAGAUGCAUCCACAUUGAUUUACUCUGUGUUGAGGAAACUUUGAAUAACAGACCAACCAUGGCUAAUGUUGCACUCAUGCUUAAUACUUGUUCUAUCACUCUCCCAGUGCCUAAAAAAAACCUGCAUUUUUUAUGGAUAGUGCAACUGGAAGCCUUCCAAACAUGUCAUGGGAAAGUUAAUUCAUUGCAAACAAAGUCGACCCAAUCCACUGCUAGAUCAGCUCAGGAAUCACUGAAUGAGGCUUCAAUCACUCAACUACACCCUCGCUAG